UCUCUGUUGACGUCAAGUACAGUUACAGUACCCGAAUGACUUCUCGAGGACAAGGAGUGCAAAAUAAUUAACUGCGAAUUUCCACGUGCAUUCGGAGGACUGGUACUUUAAUUGUGACCGUAGUAAUGUCAGGGUUUAAAUACCACUUGUGGUUGCCAGCGGCUGUGGGCAUCUUGUUUGUGGGUGUUCCGUACUCUGUCUCCCUGGCUGCCCAGUUGAUGCUUGGCUUGCCCAGCAAACCUGGCUAUAAAAAGUAUUUAGAAGCUGUAAAACCAAGACGGAUUUACGGUAUUACAAAAGCUGUGUUGGAGUCCCUCAAAUGCCUGCAGUAUGGAAGACUUUACUUACAGCUGAAGUCAUGGUACGAGAAUGACAAGAACAGAGCGCAUUAUGAAAAGGGCAUCACAUUCGGUCGCCGUGGGAACAAGCUUGACUUGUACCACCCUCCCGGAUUUGGAGAUAAGACAGCACCACCACCGCUGGUGGUAUUUGUCUACGGUGGUGGUUGGUCGUCCGGGGAACGACGCGUUUACUGUUUGCUGGCCCGGCAGCUGACUGAAGAACUCAAUGCGACUGUCAUUUGUCCUGACUACACCACAUAUCCAAAGAUGAACGUUUUAGGGAUGAUACAAGAUAUUGCAGAUUGCUUAAUUUGGACUCAAGAGAGUGGCUCAAAGUUCAACUUUGACAAAGAUAAUAUCAUAUUGAUUGGCCAUUCAGCAGGUGCGCAUUUGUGUGUACUGACCACACUGUUUCUCAUCGACGCUAGGGAAGAGCUUUUCAUCGAAGCAAGCAAACAGCGGGAUUUAGUUUCGGUGAUCAAAGGCAUCAUCGGUCUCAGUGGUGUGUACAACAUCAUGGAGCAUUACAAAUAUGAGCAGGAACGAGGAGUGGAAUACGUCUCGGCUAUGCAUAAAGCCAUGAACGGAGUGGAGAACUUCCCGUAUUACUCACCCACUUACUGGCUGGAGAAGUUUGACCAGGACAAACUGAAAAGAGUGCCUCCACUCACUUUGAUCCACGGGACCUGUGACAUCAUGGUUCCGGCGGACGCUUCCACCAAGUUCUCCGAGCUGCUCACCUCGCUGUCCUUGAAGGCGUCGCUCUACUUGUUGCCUGCCUUAGAUCACACGGAGAUGGUCACCGACCUCAUGUCGGCCGAGCGACGCUUUUACCAUGCGGUUUUCAGCUGCAUUAAACAGGAGUACCGGAAACUUGUGAUCUAGGAGAUUGAAACACAAUUUUCAAUGAGGCCUGCAAGCAGGACUGAACGGACCCAACUCCGACGUCAUGCAACGCGGACGUCAAGCAGCUGAAGCUGGUGGCAGAUUGUCCCCCACUAAUCAUCUAAUGAAAGCUGGAAGCUUUUUUUUGUGUGGAACCUCUUUCGUGUUGUGGGCAUGGCUGACAGAGAUGUUUUUGUAUAUCCUGAGAUGAGAAAUGCAUUCACACACCGAGGUGAAAAAAACCCUAUUGAAGAGGGUCCUACACAAAAGGAGGCGGUACCAGGGCUGGAGUGGGACUCAUUUUCAGUCGUGGAGUUUCAUGCCACAGACCGGCCCACUUUAUAUGAUGAGCUACUGUAUUGAAAUAAUGUACUUAUCAUCGUGCUGUCAAGCAAUUAAAAUUUGAA